AGUGCUAUGGAUGACGUGAUAUGCACGUGUUUGACAAGUUUUUAUGCUGACCACGCUGUCCGGACUGACCGACGUACCUGCCGGCUGGAGCACGCCCUUCCCAUCAGGCACAGUUUCUUCAGACUCAAGCGUGUGAUGCACUUUCAGAGUCACGGUGAACUUCACAGUGAGCACACGCCUGCUUACCUGCCCAUUUACAGGUAA